GGUCAGACUAUAUUACAGCUCUUUCAGUGAAACGAAACUAUUCAAUGUCACCCCCAGAAAGUGAACACACUUGAUCAACUGCUUAGGAAAUAACAAACAACAAAAAACAAAAACAUGGCUGGCAAACCUGCAUUGGAAGAUCUCAGGAUUGUGCUAGUUGGGAAAACUGGAGUUGGGAAAAGUUCAGCAGGAAACACCAUCUUAGGAAGAGAUGCUUUUAAAUCUGAGCUGACUUCUUCCUCAGUGACAGAAGUGUGUGAGAAAAAGAUGGGAGAGUUUGGUGGCCUUAAACUGGCUGUAAUUGAUACACCAGGACUGGGUGACACAAAACAAUCUGAAGAGCAGGUGAGGAGAGAGAUUGCUCGAUGCAUGUCCUUUGCUGCUCCUGGGCCACAUGUUUUUUUGGUUGUGCUCCAGCCAACCAGAUUCACAAAAGAAGAACAAAAAUCAGUGAAAAUCAUUCAGACAAUAUUUGGAAAAGAGGCAUCACGUUACACCAUGGUACUGUUUACCCAUGGAGAUGAGCUGAAGAAAAGACAUUCCUCCAUAGAAAAAUUAAUUAAUGAGAAUCCAGAUCUCCGCCGCUUCAUCAGUCAGUGUCACAGAAAUCAUCAUGUUUUUGACAAUGAUGACAGAGAUCCCUCUCAGCUUAAAGAGCUGCUGCUGAAGAUCAGUGCAAUGAUUCAACUAAAUGGAGGAGGCUUCUACACCAACGAAAUGUUCCAAGAGGCCGAGAGAGCCAUAAAACAAAAGAUUAAAGAACUUCUGGAAAAAUAUCCAGACAUGAAUCUUGAAGAAGCAAGAAGAAAGGCAGAGGAAGACAACUCCUUUAUUCAGGCUGUUCUAAAGGGUGUUGUUAUUGGAGCUACUGCUGGAGGUCUAGGUUUAGCUGCUGCUGGUGCAGCCGCUGCUGGAGUUGCUGCUGCUGGAGCUGCUGCUGGAGCGGCUGUUGGAGUUGGAGUUGGAGCUGCUUUUGGAGCUGCUGUUGCAGCUGCAUAUGCCGGGGUUCCCAAACAAGAUAUAUAUUUCAGAGUGAAAGAUGAAACAGGAUGCAACAUACAGUAAAACACAAAGGAUUGCAGUAAUUAGUUAGAUCAUUCCAGCCCUAUGAAAAAUUUAGAUAAACUUUAAACUAUAUUUCAUAAAUAUUGUUUAUUUUUCCUGUUCUGUCACCAUAUUAUCUUUAUCAUAAGGCUGAUUGCUGCUCAGAUACAGAUAUAGAUUAGCAUCUUGUUUCAUUAAUUAUUUUUAUGAUUUUUUUGUCUGCAGCCCUUGACAUGUCCUUAUGUUGUAUGUCAGUAGAACACAUUAUCCACACUGAACCUUUUAAUUAUGUUCCUAUAUUCAAAAGCAAUAACUGAUUGAUAACUGUGUGUGUGUGUGUGUGUGUGUGUGUGUGUGUGUGUGUGUGUGUGUGUGUGUGUGUGUGUGUGUCACUUUGUUUGCCACUGAUGGACUCAAAGGUGAUCAAAGCAAACAGGCUGGAACAGGCCGGACGUUUGGUCAAACGUGCCCCUCUGGAUUAUUAAGUCUAAAAAAUGUUAAAGUGAUCCUUUUAAAAUAAAUUACAUCAAGAGAAAAAGCA